CCAAACCAGCCCUGAGAAGCGCCAGCGAGUCGAGGAAGGCAUUAUGCCGGGGGAAAGCGCAUCCAGCUAAUGGGGCUAUCAGGGACAAGGUGAUGGCCGCCAUGGAGCGGCUCGAGCCGGGGCAGGUCGAUGGCUGGGUGCCGCGAUGCCUCCAGGAAGCGAUCAUAUCCGACAACGCACUCGGCGUUCAGACCUUCGAUCGACAUGCCUUUAUCGACUCCCCUCGCAACCUCUCUGAGUGCGAUCCUCCUCUCCGCGAGGAGCUACAAUACACACUAAAAAAGGUGAAGCAGAUAUACCAGCGCGCGAGGACGUGCAAGACGAGGGGGCGCGAUAAGAAUACCUAGUGUUAGGUCGUGAUCUAGCCGCUGGUCGAGCUAGCGCUAGAGCUCGCUGGUAACGGCAAGCUGCUGCUGCAAAGCGUGUAUAGUCGUUAAGCGUAUACGCUUACAGCUAUCGCGAAUCCCUAUCCUUUGUUUCUCUUCCGCGCCGCUCCGCUUAUAAGCGUAACUCCGUUCGUCCCUGUAUAUUCUUCCAGCGUCUCCCUCCAACAUUCCUCCAGGCUUUAUCUCUAUCGAAUAGCACUAGGACCGACAGCUAGGCACCGUUAUACCUAGAAGACGUUUCGAAAGCGAGGACGAGGUAUACUAUUUGUCGAACCA